CCGGAUGUGAGAGUCGCCGUCAUCGACGACGGAGUCAACGCGAAUGAAAGUUCUUUGUACGAACGAGUUGCCCAUAAUGGAUGGCCGAGGCAACAUCCAACAAGCUCUCAGAGCCCUUGGUAUCAGUCAUUCUCUGGGCAUGGGACGGAGAUAGCCAAGCUUAUUUGCUCUGUCUGCCCCUUUGUUAAGCUAUAUAUCGCGAAGCUCGACUUUAGUGGCGGCCCCUCCACUUCCGCAUUACGCACAGCCAAGUCUGCUGUCGCGGCAAUUAAAUGGGCAGUCAGCCAAGAAGUUCACGUCAUCUUAAUAAGUUGGCCUAUC